GAAAAGUGUUGCUCACAUCUGUUUCUCGUGCUGGUGACAGGAAAUAACCUGUAAAACAACAAGUAACAAUCAGCACACUCAGCUGCUCGUCAAACUUUUACCACCAGCACAUUCUCUCACAGAGCAUGUCGUCAUGGCGAUUUACAAGGAAAAAAAGAGCGGAAAAGUGGGAGUGAUGAUGGAGAGAGAGAGAGAGAGAGAGAGAGAGAGAAGUUUGACAGAGGAGACACAGCAGAGACCAGAGGAGAAGAAGGAUGGACGACGUGUGAGGGGAAAAGUGCAGACUCUGUGGAAACUGAAGCAUAAAUGAAGGAGGAGUCCAGAGAUUAUAAUCCUCACUCACCGUCAGACACAAGACUGACAAGAUGAGGACGACGACGACAACGACAACCGUCCUCUUGCUGCUUCUGCCACAGCUGCUCUGCUCCACAGACACUGGACGCAGCAACUCUCGUCAUCAACAGUCAGAAAACAUUCACGAGGAUUUCUCUGAAGCUCCUGUCAAAGGUCACACACCUGCUGCAGGGGUCAAAGGUCAGGGUCGGGACACUUGCUCUAUACCAUGUGACAUCACUGUCAAGCUGCUGCGAGACGAGAAACAUUCAGUCUGUGGUCAGCUGCAGCAGUCUCUGCUGACGUUUGGACGCAGCACCAGGAAGUUGAUGAGGGAUGUGAUGGAGGAGCAGCAGAGAGCCUUGGACGUCCUCAGCACUCAGGUCACAGAGCUGAUGAGCAAAGUGCAGAUGCUGAGCUCUGAGGUUCAGAGGAGCAACACGGAGAUGUUCUCUGUGAAACCUGUGCAGUCCCACGGACGAGACUGUAGUGACAUAAAAGACACUCUGAUGUCCGUCGUCCCAAAGAUCCCCAGUGGUAUUUACAUCGUCCACCCAGAGAACACGGACUCUUCAUUUGAGGUCUUCUGUGAGAUGGACUACAUGGGAGGAGGAUGGACGGUGGUGCAGAGGAGAACUGAUGGACUCACUGACUUCAAACGACCAUGGACUGAUUAUGUGGAUGGAUUUGGAAAUCUAGCAGGAGAACACUGGUUGGGUCUAAAGAAGAUGUUUUACAUUGUAAACCAGAAAGACACGCGCUUCCAGCUGCACGUAGCUCUGACCUCGAACACUGACGUCACCUCUUAUGCAUCAUACGAUGAUUUCCACCUGGACAAUGAAACUCAGUUCUUCUGUGUGCACCUGGGUCGAUAUGCAGGAAGUGCAGGUGACGCGUUCCGUGGCUACGAGCAGGAGCAGAACCAGGACACGGCUCCGUUCAGCGCCUCAGAUGUGGACAACGACGGCUGCAACCCUUCCUGCUCGUUUGGGAGCCGCACGGUGGAGAGCUGCAGCGCCCAGUACAACCACACUGGCUGGUGGUUCAACCAGUGUGGUCUGGCAAACCUCAACGGCUCUCCAGAGGACGCAGACCAGAGCCCAGGGCAGAGGACACACAUCCUGUGGGACACGUGGAGACAGAACGGUGUCCCUCACGCCAUCAAGUCUGUCACCAUGAAGAUCAGGAGGAUUACAACCAAUAACUGAGGACAGAGAGGACAUAGAGAGGACAGAGUCAGUACUGAACCAUAAAGUUUUAAUAAAACUAAACAGAAAUGUU